AUGGCAAGAAGUGUUGGCAUUUUGUUAGCUAUCUUUUGCUUCCUGCUAGGCUCGGCUGCAGCAGACUGCAACAUUCUCAAGGAGAAAGGGAAAGAUGGACUUCAAGUCACCUUGAAGAACUACUGUGAGUCUUGGAGGAUGAAUGUUGAGCUCCAUAACAUCAGGGAUUUUGAUGUUGUGCCUGAUGAAUGUGUUUCAUACUUGGGCAAAUACAUGACAUCAACUCAAUACAGGGUGGAUUCUGAGAGGACUAUUCAUGAAUCCAUUGUCUAUCUCAGCACCAGCUGCAAUCUCAAGAAAGAUGGCACAGAUGCUUGGAUCUUUGACAUUGAUGAUACUCUUUUGUCCACUGUCCCUUACUACAAGAAAAAUGGUUUUGGGGGAAAGAAGUUGAACUUGACCUCUUUGGAAGAGUGGAUGAGCAAGGGCAAAGCACCAGCUCUUCAGCACUCUCUGAAGCUUUUCAAUGAGCUUAAAUCACGAGGAGUUCGGAUCAUUUUGGUUUCUUCAAGGAUGGAGCAUCUCAGAUCUGCCACAGUCGACAACCUUGUCAAUGAGGGCUUCUUUGGCUGGAAUAGUCUCUUAUUAAGGGGAGCUGAUGAUGCACAUGCAUGCAAGGACAUCCAGGGAUUCAAAUCUGAUGUAAGGAAACAAUUGAUCAGCAAGGGAUAUCGCAUUUGGGGCAUUCUUGGUGACCAAUGGAGCAGCAUUGAGGGGCUUCCAAGUGCAAAUAGAACAUUUAAACUUCCAAAUCCUUUGUAUUAUAGUGCCUAA